AUGCCGGAGACGGAAUCCUUCACCAUCCCUGAGCUCAGCGACUCGGAGUACUUUGCAGAGGUGCUUCAGUUGCCUGUGGGCAAAACCGAAGCCCAGGCAGACCAAGAGCUGGUCGCGAGGGCAAACGCUGCAGGCAUCGCCGCCACUCUGCCGUCCGUGGCUAGCAAACGACAUCCCGCCAGCAGCUGUUCGGUCUCGUCAUUCGGGACCCAGCAAGAUCGAACCUUUUCCAAUGCCUCCAACGGGUCAGCCAGCUCUGCGUUGACGCCGCACUCCUCCGUCUUUGGAUCUCCGUGUUCUCUAUUCGAUACUGGGUCUGGAGGAAGGCGAGGUUCCAACAACAGCCUUACAUUUUCCCAUUACGAGCGAUACAUUUCCUCCAUGGACCUCGUUAGCACUCAGAUUCAACCUCCUCGAGUGCCACUUCUUGUUAACGAUGGCUCUGCCCAGAGCCUGACCAGUGUUGGGUCCAAAAAGGGGAAUUUUGCGAGCUUCAGAGACCGCCUGCGCUGGAAGAGAAAGACAAUUGAACCCGUGGAAAACAAAAUGUAA